UCGAUUAUUUAUUUAAAAGCUGUUUGUUCGCUCAUCCGUGAUGCCAUUUUAUAAAGUGUACAAAGUUAUUAAAGUGUAGUUAGCGUUUGCUUUAGGUUGUGGGUUAUGUUUAUUUGCUCUGAUGAUGGCAAAGUGGAUUGAUAUCUCUUGUAUAUACUUGGGCGUUUCUUUAUGCUUUCUCAACUUCAUUUUCUAUUGCAAUGGAUACUUUUUCAAAAUCAGAAAAACGGAGUGCGUAGCAAACGGAGCAUAUUUCAGCAAUGUCUCCUGCACUUUGAAGCCAAUAAACUGGACUCGAUCGGUAAUGAACAUGGACUGCGACAUAAGGGACGCAUUAACGGAUAUUAAAAUGACUGUAGAAGUAUUCUAUAAGGAUUCUUCAAACUUGUAUAAGCCCUUUGCCGUUACAUUUAAAUUUGAUGUUUGCCAAUUGUUGAAAAGUAAAACGCAGCGAAAUUUUUUGGAGAAAUACACCAUGAGCCAUUUGACAGAAUGGACUAAUCUAAACCACAGUUGUCCCUACAGAGUAAGCGUCUAAAAGCAAAAUCUUAUCUAUGUAAAAAUAUAUAUGUUUCUAAAGGGCCAUUUGCGUGCGCGUAACUUUUGUUUGGACGAGGUCUCUCUGCCCAUACUUCCAAUUCAGGAUUACAAAAUUGUAUUUAACUUUUCAGGAGCCAAUCCAGGAGUUCACUUGGGAUUGGUUAUGAUCUAUUUUGAAAUUCUAGAGGAUUAUUACAAGAACAAAAAGAAAAAGCCACUGCACAAGCCGUUGAAAUUUGUUUAAAAUUCUUAUACAAUAUAGUAUAACUUAUAGCUUGCUAAGGAAAUAUAAAGUUUUAAAAUACCGUUCCAAUACA